CUUCCAAACCGACGUUUUAACCCUCUCUCUUUCUCUUCGUUUCACUCGCUCGCAGUCAUGGCCAUUUUUCGGAGGACAUUGUUACCUAGUUUGUUUUUCGUGACUGGUCGUUGUGCCCGAAAGUUCUACGGUGUACUUCUGGUGAUAGCGUUGAGUACACCCUUCUACUCUCUUUACUUAGAGGGUAUUACACACAAGCUGGUUGAAAAACGAAGUUCUCCUCCGACACAGAAAGACAAAAGCGUACCAGAAGUUGCAAUUACGCCCACUGCGAGGAACGUGACACCUGAGCACACUCGCCUGCUUAUCUACAAUCGUGUGCCGAAGUGCGGAUCGACUACCACCUUUAAAUUACUCAACACGUUGCGGAAACUGAACAAAUUUCGCCACAGGAACUCGGAAAUCUACCACAGUGAAUGGCUCACAGUGGAGGAACGCAGACGAUUACUAAAGGGUCUUUACAAAUUCACCAGUAAAUAUCCCAGGAGUUUCGACCGUCACCUGUUUUAUUUUAAUGCUACGAGGCUGGGGUUCCAGCGACCGGCCUGGAUGAACAUCAUAAGAGAACCUGUUUCGAGGUUUAUCAGCGAAUUUUACUUCGUGAGGACCAGAGAACAGUGGAGCAUAGUUGAAUCUCUAAAGCAGAAGGAACGACCUCCGGAAUCUUGGUUCAACAUGCAGCUAGACGAGUGUGCGGCGGCAGGACAUCCGGAGUGCAGACCUUCACCUGGGGACAACAUGACCCUUCAGCUCACGUUCUUCUGUGGCCAUCAUCCCACUUGUCGGCAGGUCGGCAGUCGUUGGGCGCUGAACCAGGCCAAGUACCACCUGGAGAACAUCUACAGCGUCGUCGGCGUGUUGGAGGAGCUGUCUCUCUCCCUCCAGGUCCUCCAACACUACCUGCCUCGCUUCUUCAACAAUGUUGGGGCCCUUGAGCUCGGCUCUGGACACGUAGUACUGAACGAGCGACCGAGGGAAUACAAACCCACUGUCACCAACGCCACGAGGGGUCUGAGUUCUGAGGGGGUCAUUGUCUUUGACCUUCAGACGCCAAACCAAUGCAUUCUGUUCAAGAAGCCUUACGUGGGUGCUUCACAUCAAACCGUUGAAGUGAAGGCCAUAAAAGUGCUCAGUGUCUUAGAGGUUCUUUCUCAUCUAUCAUGGGCUACAGGCUGA